GUGCUAUUCUUUGUAAAUAAUAUAAUGAAAUAAAGUUACUGUAAAUCAUCUUUGCUCACUCAGUCGCAAAACUUCAUGUUUAUCUGCAAUCAUUGACAGCGGUGUUGCUAUCGGCGACACCGUGCUCGAGAUGCGUGACAUGCUACCACGGAAACAAACGUCAAGUGUUACUGAAAUAAAGAAAGGAUUAAAAGAUUCUGUUUAUGGGAAUGGUGCUACCUCUGCAUCACCGAACAUACUCUCUCCUGCUACUAGUGGAGGAUCACCAGUUCAAGAUGGUACGAAAGAAGGUUUAAAUAUGAAGUCCAGAUCGGAUUCACCCCGGAUAUCAUUGAAGAAUAAUAAUGAAGAUAAAAACAUGAUAACAUCUUCAAACUGCAUUGGUUCAAUGAUGCCUAAACCUCUGACACCGUCAGUGCCGUCUCACGUAAUAUCACCGAUCUCCUCUCCAGGAAUUCUACCCCCUGUCAAUCGCAAAAAAUCCUCCCCAAAAAAUAAACGCUGUAACCCUGACACGAAGCAAAAAAAUCAACAAAUCUUCGAGUUCGAAGGUCAAAACUCGACGGAAAACUUUUGCACUAAUAACAACAAUUCAAAACAAUCAGAAAAAAACAAUUUUGCAGUUCGGCGACCGAAAAUUGAAGAAAUACAUCAAAAUCGACGCACCCCUUCCACAAACUCAGUUUCUGACGAACUUAGUUCAAGUGGUUUAACGCCAACAACAGACGAACAUACAAACAAUGAGACGCCAGAACAAAAUCUCGAUUUGUUUGACGACGACAUGAUCGAGGCGAUGAAAAUAAUCGACAAAGACUCGUUUCCAGACGCCGGGGAUGAUUUACCCGAUCUAGUGACAUCAGAAUCAUUAGAUUGUCAGUCAGUGUUUCCAAACACAACUGAAUCAUUCCUAUUUGGGAACACUCGUUCAUCUCCGUCACUGGAUGGUGUCAUAGGAAAUUUACGAACCUCCCCCCCAACAUCUAAACAAUCCACUGUAAUACCUGAACCGAUGUCAGCUGUCUCACUGGCGUCUUCUUCCUCCCCUCCAACAUUUUCAACAGACACUAAAUUUUCACCCCCAGAAUCGAGGGGAAAGUCCCAUUUACAAGAUAUAUUGGGAGUAACUGAUACAAUACGGUUGAAAAACAUGUCACGUCCGAUUGAUUCAGUUCCUUACAAAUCACCGACAACAACUACCUCAUACAGUGCGGGGGUGAAACCCCCUAACGUUACCGCUCCGUGCACUAUGGCCCCACCUGGCCCGAGCAGGCUGCAAUCGAAUUUACAUUUCAACAAGCCAGCCAGACCUCAGUACAAUAUGUAUAACGAAGGACCAGUUUAUCGCUCGAACUCUGGUUUUGCAAUGGACAUGGGGGCUAAUGGACCUUGGAAUAGGGGAUCCCCCAGACAUAUACCCCCCAAUUUAUUAAAACAACCCCCGUUUUCGACGCCGUCCUCAAUGAGUCAGGCAGGUAUGAACCCCAUGUCCCAGCUACAAAGUACUGUUGAUUCAAUUCCUGCGGCCCCAAUCGGGACUGAAAUGGGCCCCCCACUCCGGUCGCCUCUGGGAUUUGAAACUCCCUCCCCGGGGAGUGGAAAAAUGCGGCCCCCGCCAUCCCCUUCAGUAACAAACGAUAAGAGAUGUGUCAGUGCGGAUUCAAUAUCUCCAAACACCACGAAUUCUAGCAAAAAGAUCGGGAAUAAAAGAGAAAGAACAAAGUCAGCAGAUUCAAGGGAUGAGGAUAAGAAAGAUAAUGCAUCGGGUCCAAGGCCGAAGAGGAAGAAAAGUAAAUCAAAGGAUGACAACACAGCCAAGAAGGAAGGCAGAACUCCUGGUAGGUCCAGCUCUAAAGAAGAUAAAAUGAACAGCUCAGUGUUAAGUGUGUUGCUCAAUGUUCAGACAAACAAUCCAUAUCUCUACAUAUUCAACACUGACGUGGCGAACAACGCAGCCAACACUGUACAGAGCAACAAGGUCCCUGAUAUUAUAUUAUUCCAUCAAUCCUUUCUCGGGAACUGUAAACUGAAACCUUCGCAACGAACUUUGAACUCUGCACCUUUUGAACAACCUUUGAACUCUGACCCCAUCAGUAAUAUAACAAUGCCUCGAACAAAUCGAUCUCCAACAGAUAUUUCGACAGAAAAAAAUGACGCAUUGCCUUUAAAAAGUCCGAAAAUUGAGACGACGCAAAGUUUCCCCGAGAAUGUUCAAGCGAUCAAUCUGCAAGAUACUAAGACGAUAUUGCCGAUCCCAACUUCCGAAAUUGCCGAUCAAAUUUUAUCGAACAUCGAGACGUCUUUACCUCAGCCAAUCACUUCGUCAACUUUUAAUGGAGACCAGGAACUGACAGAACCGCAGCGACGGGACCGGGAAAACAAGCUAGGAAAGAUUCGAGAGAUGGAAAAACUGUUGCUCACAACAUCACAGGAAGAUAAUAUGGCGAACAAUGUUCCAAGAGGACCAGGAUGGCCACCUAAUCAACAGCCGCAGUUGAACUACGGCCCAAUGGUUCCCAUGGAGAAAGGUGUUCGUCCAGGCAUGAAGCCCAUGCCGCCUGAGAUGAUGCCAGGUCAACCAAUGACACAAGAGAAUGCGGAAUGGUUCCAACUUUUACAGAACCCAGUUUUACGACACAAAUAUCACCAAUCUUCACAGGAGCAUAACGCCGAUAAGAGGAGGAGGCAAGAUCCAGGGGAACUCCCUUCACGACCCCCUCCCCCGUAUGGAAUGAACGGGCCACCACAUCGAUGGGUCGGACCAGAGAACUACCCCAUGGACCCAAGAAUGCAAAUGGAACCAGUUAAUCCACGUUUUCAGCGAAUGGGACCAGGUCAUCGGCCAAUGACAAGACUAUCGCAAGAUCCACGGUACAUGGGACACAGAAUGGGGGUUCCCCGAGGGGCAUACCCUCCAGGACAAAAUCCUCGUAUGCAAAUGUACGAACCCUAUAUGGGACAACCGGGAAUGAGACCCGCUUUAGUAUCGAGACUGCCCCCUCCUGGAAUGCGGCAACCCGGUGGGGGUGAAAAUUACCCUUUUUCAGAACAAUUAAUGAAACAAGCCAGCUUUUAUAAUAAUGUUCCGUUUGAAUCUGACCCAGGGAUGGGGGGUCCCGACUGGGCAGGUUCAGAGGGUGGCACAACUCGUUUAUCCCACAUGCCAGGUUCAGCAUCCCCUGUUAUGGCCCCACAGGGGAUGAUAGGGCCCCCAAUGGACAUGGAACCACGGUUAACUCCAGGAGUCCCCACACCUCGUGGGUAUGACCCCAUGGGGCCUUACCCCCCAUCGGAAAUGCAACAAAGGUAUGACAUGAUGCCUUGCCCAAUGGGAAGCCCCACUGGACCCAUGGACCCUCGAAUGCGGGGGCCGGCUGGUGUGGGGUCCAUGAUGGAUGCAAUUGCGAGACGUGGGGGUCAACGACCUCCUGACCUUAACUUGAACUCUCAGAUACCACCAAGGUCACCGAUGUAUCAAGGUCAAGGACCCCUUCAGUCACCGAGUGUCAAUGCUAUGAAUCCUGCUAUGGGACCCCGUUACUCUAACCCAGGAGACAUGGGGCAUCACCCCCUACCCUCACCCAUGCACCCUCGGUCCCCAGCAAUAGGGAUGGGAGGACUACGUGUGGGGUCUACGCCAGUUGGUGUAGACACUCAGCAGGUCAUGAUGGGGCCCGGGGGACCUCACUCUGCGGGGCCAAUGAGUAACCCACCGUCCACUGAUUGGGCAGGACCGAAUUCGAACAUGGGGGGACCUCCGACACCUAACUCUGGUAUGAUGCAUCACGGUAUGAUGACAUCACAGCCUUGCAUUAUGACAUCACAAACUGGGAUGAUGUCGUCACAAACAGGCAUGAUGAUGCAACAACAACAGCAACAACCAGUCAUGAUGUCAUCACCGGUUAUGAUGUCACAAUCAGGAAUGAUGACAUCACAAGGCAUGAUGACAUCACAAGGAAUGAUGACAUCACAAAGAAUACCAAAUCCCCAAUUGUCAAAACUUGGACAAAGCACCAUAUCUAUCAUGGAAAAUCAAGUAAAUUCUUUUAAAAUGCCUGAGAAGACCCCGCUGUACCAAGACGCUGUUAAAGACACAGCGAGUCCCCCUCCACUGACUCACUCCCACGAGCCCCCACCUUUAUCCCAUAACCCCAUGCCCGGUGGGGGUGGAAUGAGAAUGCCUGGACACCCACCCAACUACGAUACAAGACUGGGGCAUCCCCGAAUGGGAGGACCUGUAAUGAACGAAAAUUAUCCUCCCCAGGGGUAUCCUGGGCCAGGAGGGCACCCAUCACCCAUGGGACAUAUGAUGAUGCCCCACAUGGGACCAGAAUCUCUUCCCCCAUCUGAAUUUCAACACCAAUCACGUACAAGCUUUCCAGAAGUGUUGCGGACUAUGUUACCGAGUGAUAAACCUUCACAAACGAUUUCAUAUUUACCCCCCGAAUCAAACGAUCAAUUUUCAGCCCCCAAUCCAGGGGGUUGGGCCCCAGAUGGGAUCAGGCCAAUGCCAGGCCAAAUGUACCCAUCUGGCCCUGGCAACAGGCCUUUAAUAUAAAACCUUCCAUCUAAAGGGUAAAGGUCGGGUCAGGUGUACUUGGCUUCCCCAAUAUACAGUCUCUUUCCUACUAAAGUGCAAAGGUCGUGUCAAGUGUACUUGAUGUCCUCAACAUACAGUCUAUAAAGUGCAAAGUGUAAAGUUUGAGUCAAAUGUUCCUGACAUCCACUAUAUAGUUUUCUUCCUCUUAAAGUGCAAAGGUCAAAUUCCCAGGAAAGCAGGCUGAAAUUAUCCAUGGCAGGGUGUGAUCCAUAGUUAAGCUAUAUAUAUAUAUAUGUCUAUAGCAUUGGUCAUGUGUAUCCAAAUUUUCCCUGGUCGUAUACACGGAUUUACCAACCAAAACCAGAAUACGGAAAGAAAUUUUUAACUCCUGCACAAGGAAUUUUGAAAACUUCUUCGUUUAAAAUCAUGAUUUGAUGAAAUUUUUUUUAUUAAAUCAUGUUUCUGUUAAAAUUAUGGCUAUCCUCUUCUCAGAUAAGCGCAUAAAUCCUAUAGUAUUUUAUAAAUGGCUGAUUAGUCCUUGUUAAAUGAAAUUACAUAUAUAUAUUGGAUCACAACUUGGCGAAUGAAAUAUGAAUUGUGUGAAUUUCUCAAUGAAAUGUUAAUGUGUAUCAUUAUGCACCUCUGUAAUGGCGCUUCCGUUUAUUAAAGAGAUGAAUUUUUAGUCAACAUUUGCCUAAAAUUUACCAGAUGGGACUUAUCUUCUUGAACUUCUUAAAUAAAGUAUUUUGCCAACCAGGAUUCACUGGCAAGUACCUUGUCAUCCUAAUUAUAUAUAGUCUCAGUAGCAUCUGGCAAUUCUGAGUGAGUGCAUGUAACUUUGUUCAGAGAUAACUCUCCUUCACUUCUGAGUGAGUGCAUGUAACUUUGAUCGGAGACGAGUCUUCUUCACUUCUGAGUCAAUGCAUGUUACUUUGCUCAGAGAUGAGCCACCUUUACAUCAGUGUGUGAUCGUGCUUUGAACAAAUUCAUUUAAAAUAUUGUGCACUAACUCGCAAUUAAAGAAAAAUCAUCUUUGAGAAAAGUUACGGACAACCAUGACUUAUGAAAUGCCAAUAGCUACUGAAACAAUAUAGAAUCAUGGUGUGCAGUGUGCGUCAGUUAAUGCAGAUUGGCACUAGACUUCAGCAGUCCAAGACUUCCCGCCUAAAGUUGCAAAGAACAUGAGUCACUGAAAGUCAAUGAAUUUUUUUAUCAAUAGUAAAAUAAUAUUUAAAAAGGAACAUUCAACAGCUUUUAUACUAUUCAUUGCUUGACAAAUCCAACUUAUUCAAUACCCAACACCUGUUCAUUAGUUGAUCAAUAUGCACUGACUGCAGAGAUACUGUAGCGAGAAUCGAAAUGGGUGUAUUGGCUUGUUCAAAAAUCUGGCAUCACACUUUCACGUAUUCUGCAACGUCUAGUCAAAGUCAGAUUUUCUCAUGCAGUUUACAAUACUGGUAGAAAAAAAUUAAAUCUGGUUCAAUAUUCUGGUGUAGGGUCAUGCAACACAUUUUGUCGGCAGGCCAUAUUACCAACUUUAGACACCCAGCUGAGCCACUUAAAAAAUUUAGUUUUCCCAUGUACACAAUAAUUUAAUAAAUUCCCACAAUGCAAAAUUUUAAUUAACAUUUCAGUGAGACACUUGAAAUUUCAAGUUCUUGCAUUGUUUGUUAACGUCAGCUUCAACAGAAGUUAUGGCAUAAACUGUCGGAUUAGAAUUUUAUGCUUGAUAGGGGGAAAUCUGACUGUUGACAUUUGCCACACUAAUUGGCUUGGCGGGUCGUGGCCUCGGACGCCUGCUGCACACACCUGGCCUAGUGGUUACAUCAAAUCCCCCGUCACUUCACCCUGGGUGUCCCAACUACCGGAAAUUUCUGUUUGCCAUAAAUAUAGAUCUUCUCACACAUCAUUGACAGCUUUUUUGGGUCCUUAUUCAAAGCCAAGCUAUAACUUCUCCAUAUAUAGGUGAAAAAAUUGCUCUCUUGAGUAAGAAUUAAAUUUAUAAAAUUAUGUGAUGCGACCUUUCCAACUUAUAACUUUAUACAGAUAGCGACAGCAACAUUUUUGUACGUUUUUGCCUCGUUGUUUGCUUCUCAGCGGAACUCUGAUACUGACAUAUAUUUAUUUAUGCUUUUCUAUUUUUAUCAAAAGUUUAUUAUAGUGUCUUGCAUGAACAGCUUCGAAUUUAUUAAUUUGAGCGGGUGCCCCCUCAUCCAGGGGUUUUUCAAAUAGAAAUAAGCAGAGAACCACUAUAUCUCGAAUAUUUUAAAUCUAUACAUGGAGUCAUUGAGCUAAUCGGCUAGAUAAAAAAGAUUGGCCUUUCGUUUUAAAAUGAAUUAAAUUGAUUUUGUUAAAUUUGUGCUUUACUAAAGAUCUUCUAUUUUUUUUGAUGAUUUUGAUAUCUAUAGAUUGGUUAAUUGCCUGAAGUAUUGUUGGUCACAAAAAUUUAAUGAAAAAUUAAAGACUACCUAACCCAGGCUGUUUUGAAUUAAACUGAAAGCUGUUUUCUUAACAUCUCCCCCUAGAACUCACAUCUUUUAAUAAACAUUGAAUUCCUGUGACGGCUAAUCACCUUGUCUGGUGCCGAAUGGUUGAAUAAAAAACAAUGAUGCCACCUUACGCAGGGUGUCAUACUAAAUUGUUUCUUUGUUAUCGAUUUUUCCAGAAAAUUUCAUUUUAUAAUAAUUUAAAAGGUUGCAAAGAUAGCCACAGUUUGCCAUUAGAUUAAGCUAUUCAAUCCUUCGCUAUAUCAUCUGAAAAAUCUAUAACUUGAUGACCGUUUUUCCUGAGUCUUGUUUUGAGUCAAAUAAAUUAAUAAAUGUAAAAAGCAAAUCUCAAUUGCGAAAUCUCUAUUAAGAUUGGCAAUUCUUUCCACUGAUCUCUGGACAAUGCAUCCAGAAGAUUGAGUCGUCCUAACGGCUUUCCUUUCCCAGAUAUGAAUGAAAAAUCACCCAGUUGUUCUGUAUUACACCUCCUGACCUUAUGAACUUUAAUAUUUCUGAACCUAUUUAUAUCCUAUUCUAGCUUGAUCAUGCAUGAUCUUAUGAUACUUUUUGUCCUUUACCAAAUUGUGUGUUCCGACUGCACAGUUUUUCCUACUUUUUUGAAUAUUUAAUAUUUUUUUCCUAUUUUUUUUGAGGAUUUUAAGCACAAAUCAUUAUCUCUCUCUCUCUCGUCAAGGUUGAAUAAAACGUUGCAGAAAACAAAA